AACAGAUGGUUGUUUCACUUCCUGUUCAGAGAGCGAGCGUGCGCUGGACACGACAGAGCUGCUGUGUCCUCAAGCGCUGGAACAGGACCAGGACGCUCUAGGAGACUCCAGGACCAGGAACAGAGACUAACUACCUCCUGACACCUGCUGGACCUUGUCUCGGUGGUCCUGGUCCAGGUGGACCUGGUCUGGAUCAGAGUGGGUCAGGCUCUGGUCUCGGUGGUCCUGGACUCAGUCUGAGACGAUGAAUCUGAUCAACAGUAAAACUGUGACGGUGAUUCUGCUGACGGCUCUGCUGCUCGGAGCGCUGUACUGCUACACCUACCUGUCCCCCAGAGGGGUGCAGUGGGUGCAGGUGGAGCCCGUCGGUCAGCAGCUCAGACCUGCUGAUGUCAUCACUCCGAGUCACGAGUUCCACCUGGUGGCUCCUGAACAUCUGCAGUACAAGCAGCCGAGCAUCGUGCAGGGCCGUGGCGACGUGGUGACAGUGACGCCGUGGUUAGCGCCGGUGGUCUGGGAGGGAACCUUUAACGCGGAUCUGCUGGACAGCAUCUACAAAACGAAGAACAUCAGCGUCGCCGCCACUGUCUUCGCCGUGGGGAAGUACAUCCGCUUCCUGAAGGACUUCCUGGAGACCGCCGAGCAGCACUUCUUCGUUGGUUUCAGGGUGCACGUCUACGUGUUCACCGACCGGCCGAAGGAGGUGCCUCAGGUCACCAUGGCCGCUGGCAGACAGCUGACGGUGCGCUCGGUGCCCGGCUCGCAGCGCUGGCAGGAGAUCUCGGCUCGGAGGAUGGAGCUCAUCCAGACGCUCAUCGAGGAGGAGCUCCGUAACCAUAGUGACUACAUCUUCUGUCUGGACGUGGAUUCGAAGUUCCACGGCCGCUGGGGGACCGAGUCACUGGGAGGACUGGUGGCUGUGAUCCACCCGGGUUAUUACAGAGACGACCGCAGCAGGUUCCCCUACGAGCGAAGAUCCGCCUCCAGAGCGUACCUGGCUAAUGGUGAGGGGGACUUCUACUACUGCGGGGGGGCGUUUGGAGGCCUCCUGCAAGAGGUGUACCUGCUCGCCAAGACCUGCCGCUCCAACUUUGAGGCUGAUGCCAAAGAAGGCAUCGAGGCUGCCUGGCAGGAGGAGAGUCACCUGAACAGGUUCAUGUGGAUCAACAAACCCAGUAAGGUGCUCUCACCUGAGUACCUGUGGCAGGACUUCAAACCGCGGAACCCAGAGGUUCUUGUCGUCAGGUUCUCCGGAGUCGUCAAGAACUACGCUGAGAUCCGGCCCAACGUCUGAGAGUCCGGACUGAACCGGUUUGGAAACAUCCCCACUCACCUGUGGUACCUGUUCACACCUGUCUGUCACACCUGAGGCUUUCCCACAGCACACCUGUUCACCUGUCCUCCCUUAGCACUUCCUGUUGUCCCACGGUGUCCCGAUCAGGUCCAUCCCCCUUCAGGUUGUCCACAGUCUGCAGUCUCUGUCCUCUUCCUUUCAGUCCUGCCUCUGAAGCUCAGGUGUCCCACGCUCAGCGCCGAGCCUGAACGCAUCAUGUGAUGCGCGACUGAAGCUGAUGUCAGCGAUGGCAACCGAGCAACUUUUCAUCAGAGACGCGACUGCUGACAAAUUCAGACUUUUUAAAGAAAACGACUGAAACAGAUUUCAGACAUUUCAUAGAUUUUAUAGAUUUAAUAUAUUUCAUAGAUUUAAUAUUGUGAAUAUUUUGUAAAAUGCUGCUCAGAGCCAAAUCUCCCUCAAAUUUAAUUGUUAAUGUAAAAAAUGUACAGUGAUGUCAUCAAUAUGCAAAUGAGCCUGUGAUGUCAUCAUCUUUCGUCUUCCACUAAAAACAAACAGCAGGCUAACAGGAAGCUCGUCAUGCUAACAGCUAACUGUUGUAAACAAACAAACAAACUGUGGCCGUUUGAUCGUGUCAGACAUUUCAGAAAUGUUAUUUCAGUGAAACACAGAGACGAUAACUGAAGGACUGUUUGUCAUUUAUGAGGGGAGGGGCUGAUGCAAAAAGUUUUUUUUUUUUUUUACUUUUUGCAAUAUUGAAAGGAAACAUUUUGAUGAUUUUUAUUUAUUUAAUUUUUUUUUUCAUUUAUUAGAAUUGUGAAACAUGCCUUCCAUACCUACAGACCUGCAGGUUUGCAUGUUUUCUUUAAUUUUUUUUUUUUUUUUAAAUUUACUCCUUCUUAAUUUUUUUCUGUAUUUUUUUGUCUUUUUUUGUCCUCGACAAUUGAUUUGUGAUGCUCUUUUACAUUUGGAACAAAUCUCAAAUUUAAACAGGAAAAAAGAAAAAAAAAACACUGGAAAAUGUCCAGGAAGGGGCGUAGUCAAACAAAAGCUGCCUGUUUUGUUUGAGAGCAUUUAAAUAAAGUUUCAUAUUUUGAAUGAGGUUAAUCAACAGUGAAGAUGUUAUUUUUGUUUUAGGGCUGAUGCAGAAUGAUGACUGAUGAAGUGAUAUAAUUACUGAUGAUUGGCUGAUGGCUGAUUGGCUCAUUUGCUUCCUCAUGUUUGCUCAUUUUGUGUCAAAGAACCACACAGGAUGUUUGUUGUCAUGACGACUGCGGCCUGCAGAGGGUGCAGACACUAAUAAAGCCUGUUGGUCUGAUGGAG